AUGCGGUUCUUUUCGCCCGUCGCCUCCUCGGUGUUGCAGGCAUCUUCGCCGUUCUUCGCUUCUCCAGGUUUUAUGUUUCCGUGUAGCGGGAAAACUCGAGCUUAGAAAGAAAAGAAUACCUGCGCGUAUUUUUCGAUAUAUAUAAAAGGAAAAAGGAAGGAAGGAAGGAAAGAAAGAAAAGAGGAGCCGAAGAGCAGCGGCGGCGGUGCCGAGCCUUGCUCGCCAAGUAUCCAGUGUAUCCCUGCCUCCAUCCCGCUCGGAGGAGUUUCUAAGGCAGUUGCCUCAGCUUCAGAUUAAAGAUCGGAUAUAACUUAAAAGAAGCAGCAUUCUAAUCACUACAUAUUGGACGUGGGUCUCCUUUGACAUCAGAAACUGAAAAUGAGGUUGCCAUGGGAACUGCUCGUACUGCAAUCGUUCAUGUUGUGCCUUGCAGAUGAUAACAUACUGCACGGACCAGUUUUUAUCCAGGAACCAAGCAGCGUGAUUUUUGCACUUGACUCUGAGGAAAAAAAAGUUAAACUGAACUGUGAAGUAAAAGGAAAUCCUAAGCCAACUAUAAGGUGGAAGUUAAAUGGAACCAUUGUUGACAUUGGUAUGGAUUACCGCUACAGUGUGGUUGAAGGCAGCUUGUUGAUCAAUAAUCCCAAUAAAACUCAAGAUGCUGGAACAUACCAGUGCAUAGCAACAAAUUCAUUUGGAACAAUUGUUAGCCGAGAAGCUAAACUUCAAUUUGCUUAUCUUGAAAAUUUCAAAACCAGGACGAGGAGUACAGUUUCAGUUAGACAAGGACAGGGAAUGGUGUUGCUUUGUGGACCUCCACCACAUUCCGGAGAAUUGAUAUAUGCCUGGAUUUUCAAUGAAUAUCCAACUUUUGUGCACCAGGAUAAUCGCCGCUUUGUUUCGCAAGAGACUGGGAAUUUAUACAUAGCUAAAGUAGAGAAAUCGGAUGUGGGCAAUUAUACGUGUGUCGUGACAAACACAGUAACAAAUAGCAGAGUGCGAGGGCCUCCUACGCCUUUAAUCCUGAGAAAUGAUGGAGUGAUGGGUGAAUAUGAGCCAAAAAUCGAAGUGCAAUUCCCAGAAAUGGUUCCAUCUGCCAAAGGAACAACUGUGAGGCUGGAGUGUUUUGCACUGGGAAACCCAGUUCCUGCAAUCAGCUGGAGAAGAACAGACGGAAAGCAAAUCCCCAAAAAAGCUCGGAGACACAAAUCAAGCAGCAUUCUCGAAAUCCCCAACUUUCAGCAGGAAGAUGCUGGCAUGUACGAAUGCGUAGCUGAAAAUGUGAGAGGAAAGAACGUGGCCAGAGGCCAACUAACAUUUUAUG